AUGGCUGACUGUGAGGUACAGGCGUUAGUCUACAAGUAUAAUGGAUCCAACAUGGCUGACUGUGAAGUACAGGGGCUAAUCUUUAAUGGAACCGACAUGGCUGACUGUAAGCUCUACUACCAACCAGCCAGCCUCCAACUGUUCCUCCCAGCCCUCCUACCAACCUGCCAGCCUCCCACUGUUCCUCCCAGCCCUCCUACCAACCAGCCAGCCUCCCACUGUUCCUCCCAGCUCUACUACCAACCAGCCAGCUUCCCACUGUUCCUCCCAGCUCUACUACCAACCAGCCAGCCUCCAACUGUUCCUCCCAGCCCUCCUACCAACCUGCCAGCCUCCCACUGUUCCUCCCAGCCCUCAUACCAACCAGCCAGCCUCCCACUGUUCCUCCCAGCCCUCCUACCAACCAGCCAGCCUCCCACUGUUCCUCCCAGCCCUCCUACCAACCAGCCAGCCUCCCACUGUUCCUCCCAGCCCUCCUCCCAACCAGCCAGCCUCCCACUGUUCCUCCCAGCCCUCCUAUCACCAUUCCUCCCAGCCAGCCAGCCUCUCAGCCCUCCUACCAACCAGCCAGCCUCACACCGUUCCUCACACCCAACUCUCCUACCAAUCAGCCAGCCUCCCAGCCCUCCUACCACCGCUCCUUCCUUUCAGCCAGCCAGCCAGCCUCCCAGCCCUCCUACCACCGUUCCUCCCAACCAGCCUACCACCGUUCCUUCCAGCCAGCCAGCCUCCCAGCCCUCCUACCACCGUUCCUCCCAACCAGCCUACCACCGUUCCUCCCAGACCUCCUACCACCAUUCCUCCCAGCCAGCCUCCCAGCCCUCCUACCACCGUUCCUCCCACCGUUCCUCCCAGCCAGUCUCCCAGCCCUUCUACCACCGUUCCUCCCAGCCAGCCUCCCAGCCCUUCUACCACCGUUCCUCCCAGCCAGCCGCCCAGCCCUUCUACCACCGUUCCUCCCAGCCACGCAGCCUUCCAGCCCUCCUACCACCGUUCCUCCCAGCCAGCCAGCCUCUCAGCCCUCCUAUCACGUUCCUCCCAGCCAGCCUCCCAGCCCUUCUACCACUGUUCCUCCCAGCAAGCCUUUCCAACCCUCCUACCACCGUUCCUCCCACCAUUCCUUCCAGCCAGCCUCCCAGCCCUCCUACCAACCAGCCAGCCUCCCACCGUUCCUCACACCCAGCUCUCCUACCAAUCAGCCAGCCUCUCAGCCCUCCUACCACCGUUCCUCCCAGCCAGCCAGCCUCCCACCGUUCCUCACACCCAGCUCUCCUACCAACCAGCCUACCACCGUUCCUCCCAGCCAGCCAGCCUCCCAGCCCUCCUACCACCAUUCCUCACAACCAGCCAGCCUCCCAGCCCUCCUACCACCGUUCCUCUCACCGUUCCUCCCAGCCAGCCUCCAAGCCCUUCUACCACUGUUCCUCCCAGCCAGCCAGCCUCCCAACCUCCCAGCCCUCCUACCACUGUUCCUCCCAGCCAGCCAGCCAGCCUCCCAGCCCUGCUACCACGUUCCUCCCAACCUCCCAGCUCUCCAACCACUGUUCCUCCCAACCAGCCAGCCUCCCAGCUCUCCAACCACUGUUCCUCCCAACCAGCCAGCCUCCCAGCCAGCCAGCCUGA